AUGGAAACUAGUCCAUUGAAUCCAUCACAAAUUAUUGAUGAUGAGCACAUUUUUCACAGCCGGUACCCGCCGGUCCAAGUGCCGGAUGAUGUCACACUGCCAGAAUUCGUGCUCGGAGGUUUCGAGCUCUACGCAGAGAAAGUGGCGAUUGUGGAUGCCGUGACGGGGAAAGAAUUGACUCAUGGUGAGGUUGCCAAGAACACAAGGAGGUUUGGCGCGGCCUUAAGGUCUCUUGGCCUAAGGAAAGGGCAUGUGGUGAUUGUUGUACUCCCUAAUGUGGCUGAAUAUGCCAUAGUGGCUCUUGGGAUAAUGUCUGCUGGUGGAGUGUUUUCUGGUUCAAACCCACAAGCCCUUGCUGUUGAAAUUGCAAAGCAGGUUAAGGAUGCUGAUGCAAAGCUGAUUGUCACAAAUGCCCUAAACUAUGAGAAGGUAAAAGGCUUAGGAAUACCAGUGAUCACAAUGGAUGAGGAGCCAGUGGAAGGUGCAAUCAACUGGCGCAAACUGCUUGAAGCAGGAGACCGAGCGGGGACAAAUAAGGCAGCCAAAGAGGAAGUCCUUCAAACAGAUUUGUGUGCACUUCCUUUCUCAUCAGGCACCACAGGGGUGUCCAAGGGCGUCAUGUUGAGCCACAAAAACCUUGUGGCCAACCUCUGCUCCACGCUCUUCGCGGUGAAGCCCGAGAUGGUGGGCGAAGUCACGGUGCUGGGGCUGAUGCCCUUCUUCCACAUCUACGGCAUUACCGGGAUAUGUUUUGCAACGCUUAGGAACAAGGGGAAGGUGGUGGUGAUGGGGAGGUAUGAUGUUCGGACGUACAUCCAUGCGCUGAUAUCUCAUGAGGUCACUUUUGCGCCGAUUGUGCCGCCGAUUAUCUCCGACAUGGUCCAUAAUCCGAUAGUCGAUGAGUUUGAUCUCAGCAGGCUCAAACUCCAGGCGGUUAUGAGCGCCGCCGCCCCUCUUGCACCUCCUCUCCUCCAGGCUUUUGAGGCCAAGUUCCCUACCAUCCAUGUCCAAGAGGCAUAUGGACUGACGGAGCAUAGCUGCAUAACUCUGACGCAUGGUGAUCUGGAGAAUUACAGCAGAGCCAAGAAGAACUCGGUGGGAUUCAUUCUUCCAAAUUUGGAAGUCAAGUUCAUUGAUCCCGACACUGGUCUGUCUCUUCCCAAGAACACUCCUGGUGAAAUCUGUGUCAGAAGCCAAUGUGUAAUGCAAGGUUACUACAAGAACAAAGAGGAGACUGAGAGAGCAAUAGACAAGGAAAAUUGGCUCCACACCGGUGACAUUGGCUACAUAGAUGAUGAUGGAGAUAUUUUUAUUGUCGAUCGCAUCAAGGAAAUGAUCAAGUACAAAGGUUUCCAAGUAAGAUUUGCUGAAGUAGAAGCCAUCCUUCUGACUCAUCCUUCAGUUGAAGAUGCUGCAGUUUUUCCAAUGCCAGAUGAGGAGGCUGGGGAGAUUCCAGCUGCAUGUGUUGUGCUGGGCCCUGAUACAGAAGAAACUGAGGAAGAAAUUAUUAAAUUUGUGGCCUCAAAUGUGGCAAAUUACAAGAAAGUUAGAGCAGUUUACUUUGUGGAAUCCAUACCAAAAUCACCCUCUGGAAAAAUAAUGAGAAGGCUUCUUAGAGAUGAGAGGGUAAAAGCCUCCAAUCUCAGAAGAUUGUGAUCUGAUCAAUACUAUCGAUCGAGAUAAUAGCUAAUACUUACUAU